AUGGCUGUCUCAAACAACAUAUGUACCCAUCUGACGUUGGGUAAGUGUCCAUGUACUGCCACAGAGACAGAAGAGAGUGAUUCCAACAGCAACGAGGUUUGCACCCAUUUAACGUUGAGUGUGUGUCAGUGCACUAGAGCUGAGAUGCAUGUCUCUUCAACCAAGAAAAGGAAACAUUGCCACAAAGGUCCCUUUGUUGCAAAAAAGAAGGCAUGCAAAGACUUGGUGGUACAAGAGGAUGCUCUGGUGGUACACGAUGAUGAUGAUCCUUGGAAGAUAAAAAAAGUGUUGAAAGAGAGUGAUCUUGGCAAUAUGAGUAGGCUCAUGCUAGGGAAGGAUUUGGCAGAAAAGUUUGUGUUACCUGUGUUGGGUGAUGCUGCUGAGAUUGAGAAGGGAGUUAGUGUUAAGAUAUGGGAUGUGGACACCUACACCAUGCACUCUCUUGUUUUCAAGAAAUGGGUGUCUUCAAGAUGCUACAUUUUUAUGGGAAAAUGGGUCCAAGAUUUUGUUAAGAGAAGGGGCUUGAAGAAAGGGGAUGAGAUUGGCUUUUACUGGGAUCCAUAUAAUCGUCACUUCAAUUUUUCUGUUCUCAGGGUCAAUUAA